AUGAAGUCUUUAGUGCUAGCCGUUGUCAGUUUACUGGCAAUUUCAUCAAUAAAUUGUGAAGUGUUCUUCGAGGAGAAAUUCCCCGAUGACACAUGGGAAUCCAACUGGGUUUACAGUGAGCAUCCCGGCAAAGAAUUCGGCAAGUUCAAGCUGACUGCUGGAAAGUUCUACAAUGAUCCGGAGGAAGAUAAAGGUCUGCAGACAUCUGAGGAUGCCAGGUUCUACGCUCUGUCUCGCAAGUUCAAGCCAUUCAGCAAUGACGGCAAGCCCUUAGUGGUACAGUUCUCAGUGAAACAUGAGCAGGACAUUGACUGUGGAGGUGGCUACCUCAAGGUGUUUGACUGCAAGCUGGAGCAGACCGACAUGCACGGCGAGACCCCCUACGAAAUCAUGUUUGGCCCUGACAUCUGCGGUCCCGGUACCAAGAAGGUCCAUGUUAUCUUCAGCUACAAGGGCAAGAACCAUCUGAUCAAGAAGGACAUCCGUUGUAAGGAUGAUGUCUACACCCAUCUGUACACCCUGAUCGUGAAACCAGACAACACCUAUGAGGUGCUCAUUGACAAUGAGAAGGUCGAAUCUGGAGAUCUGGAGGCUGACUGGGACUUCCUCCCACCCAAGAAGAUCAAGGACCCCGAAGCCAAGAAGCCUGAGGACUGGGACGACAGGCCCACCAUCCCUGACCCUGAGGACAAGAAACCCGAGGACUGGGACAAACCUGAGCACAUUCCCGACCCUGAUGCCACCAAGCCUGAUGACUGGGAUGAUGAGAUGGACGGCGAAUGGGAGCCUCCCAUGAUUGACAACCCUGACUACAAGGGAGUCUGGGCACCUAAGCAGAUCGACAACCCUGCCUACAAGGGACCAUGGGUACACCCUGAGAUCGACAACCCUGAAUACACCCCUGACGCGAACCUUUACAAACGCGACGAACUUUGCGCUGUCGGUCUCGACUUAUGGCAGGUCAAGUCUGGUACCAUCUUCGACAACUUCCUGAUCGGUGACAACAUUGAGGAGGCCGCGGAACGUGGUGAGGCCCUCAAGAAGAGGUUAGAGGGUGAGAAGAAGAUGAAGGGUGAACAGGAUGAGGCUGAGAGGGAGAAGGAGAAGGCUGAGAAGCCUGAUGAUGAAGAUCUGGAUGACGAGGACCUUGAUGAUGAGGCCGGUGAAGCAGCGCCAGUGGAGGACCACGAUGAGCUGUAA